AUGAGGAGGUUCGAGUUGGAGAUUUUUCUGCUAAGCUCCGAGGGAGAGUUAUCUCAGUUCCGAGUGCACGAAGAUGGUACUGCCAGAUUUGCAAAUCGAAUAUGUGUACCCGAUGAACUUGAUUUGAAGAGGGAUAUUCUAGAGGAGGCCCAUUAUUCGAGUUACACAAUUCACCCCGGAGGUACAAAGAUAUACAGAGGACUUAAGGAACACUACUGGUGGAACGACAUGAAGCGGGAGAUAGCUACCUUCGUAGCUCAUUGUCUUCCUUUAACAGAGUUUGCUUAUAACAACAGUUAUCAGGCGAGUAUUCAGAUGGUACCAUACGAGGCUUUCUACGGCCGAAAGUGUCGAUCUCAUGUAUGUUUUGAUGAUGUGGGAGAGAAAAAGCUGUUAGGCCCAGAGAUGUUGCAGAUUACAGAACAAAAAGUGAAACAGAGCAGGGAAUGA